CAUCCAAUCAGCGUCAGGGAUGCUUGAGCCAAACAUGGCGUUUUGUCGGUGUGCUAAUGCUGUUUCGGUCGAGUGCUGUUAACGAAGACUGAAAGACGAUACACAAAAGUCAAGACGUCUUUAGAGUUUGUUUUGGGACAGCCUUGUGCACUCUUCUCGGCUUCGGACUCCCCGGAGGGUACUUCAGCGGUGCCGGCGGACUGCGCGAGGUUCCCGGGAGGAUGAAGGUGGUCAACCUCAAGCAGGCCAUUCUGCAUGCGUGGAAGGAGCGUUGGAGUGACUACCAGUGGGCCAUCAACAUCAAGAAGAACUUCCCCAAGGGAGCCAAAUGGGACUACCUGAACCUGGCAGAGGCUCUAUUGGAGCAGGCCAUGAUUGGCCCAUCGCCCAACCCCCUGAUCCUGUCUUAUCUGAAGUACGCCAUCAGCUCCCAGAUGGUGUCGUAUUCAAGUGUGCUGACGGCAGUAAGUAAGUUUGACGACUUCUCCCGGGAGCUGUGCGUCAAGUCCCUGCUGGAACUGAUGGACAUGUUCUCCCACCAGCUCAGCUGCCACGGGAAGGCGGAGGAGUGCAUGGGGCUGUGCCGCGCCCUGCUGGGCGUGGCCGUCUGGCUGCUGCAGGGCUGCGCCUGGUACGCCAAGCGGCUGCGGGAGCAGGGCGAGGCCGGGGGCGCGGGCGAGGCCAGCCUCCGGGCCUGCCAGGAGCGCCUGGAGAGCCUGCUGCUCAGCACCAAGAACAGGGCCCUCAUCCACAUCGCCCGCCUGGAGGAGCAGGCUUCUUGGUCCAGCGUAGAGCAAGCCGUGUCUAGAGUGUCAGAGAACCUCGGCGGUCUGUCCAAUCAGACACUCAGAAGCAAGCUGGAGGAGUGCCUGUCAUUGGUGAAGAGUAUCCCCCAGAUGCUGACAGUGCAGUCCGACCCUCCCUUGCACACCUCCUUCCCUUCCGUCCACGCCUUCAUCAUGCUGGAAGGUACCAUGAACCUGACGGGGGAGACGCAGCCGCUGGUGGAGCAGCUGAUGAUGAUCAAAAGGAUGCAGCGCAUUCCGGCCCCCCUGUUUGUGCUGGAGAUCUGGAAGGCCUGCUUCACCGGGCUGAUCGAGUCGCCGGAGGGCACGGAGGAGCUCAAGUGGACCGCCUUCACCUUCCUUAAGAUUCCCCAAGUCCUCCUCAGACUGAAGAAGUAUCCCCAGGGAGAGAAGGUACAGGACUUCAUGGAGGACGUGAACGUGGCCUUUGAGUACCUUCUCAAACUCACGCCCCUGCUGGACAAGGCCGACCAGAGGUGCAACUGCGACUGUCUCAGCCUGCUGCUCCAGGAGUGCAACAAGCUGGGUCUGCUGUCGGAGGCCAACACCGCCAACCUCACCGCCAAACGGGAGUACGCCCCACGUCUGAAGACAGCCGAAAACGCAAACAUUCAGCCCAACCCGGGGCUCAUCCUGCGGGCGGAGCCCACCGUUACCAACAUCCUGAAGACCGUGGACGCGGAUCACUCCAAGUCCCCGGAGGGGCUGCUGGGAGUUCUGGGACACAUGCUGUCCGGGAAGAGCCUGGAUCUCCUGCUGGCCGCCGCCGCCGCGACGGGGAAGCUCAAGUCCUUCGCCAGGAAGUUCAUCAAGCUCAAUGAGUUUCCCAAGCACAUCACCGGUGAAGGAUCUAAGUCGGCCUCGGUUCGGGCCCUGCUGUUCGACAUAUCCUUCCUGAUGCUCUGCCACGUGGUGCAGACCUACGGAUCUGAGGUGAUCCUGUCUGACCCCAGCCCCUCUGGGGAGACGCCCUUCUUCGAGACCUGGCUCCAGACCUGCAUGCCGGAGGAGGGGAAGACCCUGAACCCGGACCACCCCUGCUUCAGGCCCGAGUCCGGGAAGGUGGAGAGCCUGGUGGCCCUGCUCAACAACUCCUCCGAGAUGAAGCUCGUUCAGAUGAAGUGGCAUGAGAUUUGCCUCAGCACGCCAGCGGCCAUCUUGGAGGUGCUGAACGCCUGGGAGAACGGGGUGCUUUCGGUGGAGUCGGUGCAGAAGAUCACGGACAACAUCAAGGGGAAGGUGUGCAGCAUGGCCAUCUGCGCGGUGGCCUGGCUGGUGGCCCACGUGCGCAUGCUGGGCCUGGACGAGCGGGACAAGCCCCAGACCAUGAUCCGCCAGCUGAUGACGCCGCUCUACGGGGAGAACACGCUGCAGUUCUACAACGAGCGGGUGGUGAUCAUGAGCUCCAUCCUGGAGCACAUGUGCGCCGACGUCUUCCAGCAGACGGGCGUGGCGCUGCGGCCGCCCGUGGAGGGCCAGGAGCCCGUCCCGUACCGGAACCUGCUGCCGGCGCGCGAGCCCAUCCGGGAGGCGCUGGGGAAGCAGUUCCGGGCCGUCCUGCGCAAGGCCUGGGUGGACAGCCGGGCCCUGCACCUCUUCGAGAGCCUGCUCCACAUGGGCGGGGUCUUCUGGUUCACCAACAACCUGGUCAAGGAGCUGCUGAAGGAGACGCGUCAGGAGUGGGCGAUGCGGGCGGUGGAGCUGCUCUACAGCAUCUUCUGCCUGGACACCCAGCAGAUCACCCUCACCCUGCUGGGCCACAUCCUGCCCAACCUGCUGACCGACUCGGCGCACUGGCACAGCCUGGCCGACCCGCCGGGCAAGGCCCUGGCCAAGCUGUCCGUGUGGUGCGCUCUCAGUUCCUACUCCUCCCACCACAAGGGGCAGGCUUCGGCCCGCCAGCGCAAGAGACAGCGAGAGGACAUUGAGGAUUACAGCAGCUUGUUCCCAUUGGAUGAUACACAGCCAUCCAAGCUGAUGCGACUCCUAAGCUCCAAUGAGGAUGAGCCCGUCGUCCUGUCUAGCCCAGGCGACCGGACCAUGAGCAGCUCCCUGUCCGCCUCCCAGCUUCACACCGUCAACAUGAGAGACCCCCUCAACAGAGUCCUCGCGAAUCUGUUCCUGCUCAUCUCGUCCAUCCUGGGCUCGAAGACGGCCGGCCCGCACACGCAGUUUGUGCAGAGCUUCAUGGAGGAGUGCGUGGAGUGCCUGGAGCAGGGAACCCGCGGCAGCAUCCUGCAGUUCAUGCCUUUCACCAUGGUGUCGGAGCUGGUGAAGCUGCCCGCCCUGGCCAAACCCAAAGUGGUGCUGGCCAUAACGGACCUCACGCUGCCCCUGGGAAGGAGGGUGGCGGCCAAGGCCAUCGCCGCCCUGUAGGGCUCGAUGGCGACUUCCCGUCCCCCGUCCCCCCC